CAGUUUCGGGUUUUAAAGUCGUCUGUGUAUAUUUACUAGUUACUCAUCGUCAUCGUUGUUUUCCAUUACCACUAUCAGCCAGCAGUAGCUCGACGUUCGCCGUUUUGAACCAUCUUCAGGUCUCUCCUCGGCACGGCCCAAGCUCAAACAUGAAAACCGGCACGUUCGGCGCACUUUAGUAGUUAUAGGUUAGCGUGUUAUUUGUAUUGCGCCGCCCGUCCCGAAGCUAUUAGUGUCGCGACUCUUGUGCUCAGCUAACCAGUCUGGUAUAGUCCGGUCCCGAGGAAGGUUCGUGCCUAUAGUGAAAGUGCCUCUCCAUUAGAGUUUACAACAAAACAUUAAAUCGAUACGCACAACUCGAAACAAAAACAACCAACAGUGUUCAACAUGGAAAUGAAACCCAUCUCGGCGAAGAAACGGGUCUCGGCAGACCUGUCGGCCCUGGCCGCUAAUGGGAGUGACGACCACAACGGUCAGAAGAAUGGUCAUGAAGGGGAAAGUGCUGGAACGCCGAAGGAAACCCUGAAACCGGGAUCGAAGAUUCGCCCGGUUGUUACCGAGGACGAAGUCAGGAAGCUGCUGGAACGGCUCUACGGUAUCAUAGUGCUCGAGAUGGGCGAGAUGGAUUCGUACGACGAUAAGAACUUUCUCGUACAGGCCGAUACGUUGAUCAAAAACCCCAUCCUCAAAACAUACUGCCCCAAUGGGUACGUGCUGAAGAUUGCCAACACCCUGGACUCGGAGGAUGAGGCGUUUUUCGAAGGUCAGACGGAAAUUAUGCAGCUGCUGCAGGCCCAUCACAUCAUCUGUCCGGUGCCGGUGCAAAAUAUCUUCGGAAAGUAUCAAUCGCUGGAAAAAAUUGGCGACGGAAAACACAUCGUACGCUUGCUGGAGUACGUCCCAGGGAAGGUGUUCCACGGGGUUCCGCAUCACGACCGAUUGUUUUACGAGGCGGGAACGUUUAUUGCGAGAAUUGAUUCAGCUUUGAAGAGCAUCAAACACGAAGGCAUCCUGAAGCGGCAGUCCAUUUGGAUGUUGGACAACGUUCCUCAGUUGAAGGAUUUUCUGUACGUGAUCAAGGAUGAACAACACAAGGACAUCAUCGAGCAGGUGCUGGAGGCAUUCGAGAAGCGCAUCAUGCGAAACGUGGACCAAUUCGAGAAGGGUGUGAUCUAUGGUGAUUUCAACGAGCACAACAUCAUCGUCAGUCGAAAGGACGAACAAGCGAAGGAGUACGAAAUCACCGGAAUAAUUGAUUUUGGAGAUUGUUGCUACUCGCGGUAUGUGUUCGAGCUGGCCAUCGCUAUGGCCUAUAUGCUGCUGGAGUCCAACGAUCUGGACACGGGCGGUUUGGUCAUGGCCGGGUACAGCAUGUUGAGGGUUAUUCCUCAGCACGAGAAGGACGUGCUGCGGGUGGCUAUUGCGGCCCGUUUGUGUCAGAGUUUGGUUCUGGGGCUGUACACGUCUACGGUGGAUGAGACCAAUCAGUAUAUCCUGUCGACCCAGGCUCGUGGGUGGAAGAUCCUGGAAGCGCUGUGGACCGAGAAGGAUAAGGACAUCUUGGAACGGUGGGAAAAAGUGGCAGAUGAAUAUCUGACUCGAAGUUAGGUGUGAAAUAGUAAAUCAAAGAUUCCCAAACGUUUUAACGCACAAAACAACGGUGUCCUCAUGGAUGAUUAAGCAAUUGAAACUACGAUACGUAUUUAGUAGAGUGGUAGAAUGAAACUGAGAUCAAUUAUACAUGUUAGACUUAGUAGUGUUUUAGAUGCAAUGAUAAUUUUGACUUUGUUCCAUCCUCAUUCCCAUUAGUGUGUAAGUUUUACCUAUCUUAGUAAGAAACUAGCAUUUCAAUAAAGCUCGAUUUGUUUUAGCCAAAGAACAAAACAA